UGUCCAGAGUGUGUGUCUCAGAUCAACAGCUGCAGUGAUUGUAUCCGAGCAGGACCCUCCUGCGCCUGGUGCCAACAACUGAACUUCACAAAGACGGGGGAGCAGGAGGCGGUUCGCUGUGACACUGAGGCCAAACUUCGGUCGCGCGGAUGUAACGCCGAAGACGUCAUCACUGUCAGCAACCGUCAAACGGUCACCAAGAACGAACCUCUGAGCCAGAACUUCAACCAGAAGGACAAGGAGCCCGUCCAGCUCCAGCCACAGGCGAUCCAGCUCACGCUGCGGCCUGGUUUGCCCGAGAAGUUCCCGGUGAAGUUUAAGCGGGUAGAGGGUUACCCCGUGGACCUCUACUACCUCAUGGAUCUGUCCUUCUCCAUGAACGACGACCUCCAGAACGUCAAGAAGCUCGGAACACAGCUCUUCUCCGCUCUGCAGGGCAUCACCCAAUACGGACGCAUCGGUUUCGGAGCGUUUGUGGAUAAGCCCGUUCUCCCGUUCACGAACACAAACCCUCAGAAGUUGGAGAAACCGUGUGACGAUGUGUUGGCACAGUGCCAGGCGGCAUUUGGAUAUCGCCACGUCCUGAGUCUCACGUCGGAGAAAGACCGAUUCACCGCCGAGGUCGACAAACAGCACAUCUCCGGGAAUCUGGACUCGCCCGAGGGAAGUCUGGAUGCCAUGAUGCAGGCUACAGUGUGCAGGGAGGAGAUCGGCUGGAGGAACAGCAGCACUCGGCUCCUGGUCCUCACCACAGACGCCGGGUUCCACAUGGCCGGAGACGGGAAACUCGCCGGGAUCCUGGAGCCCAACGACGAGCGCUGCCAUCUCCAUGACAACCUGUACACCAGCACCAGCCGCACGGACUACCCGUCCGUGGGGCAGCUGGCUCUGCAGUUGGAGAAACAAAACAUUCAACCUAUUUUUGCCGUGACCAGCAACGUCUACAACAUCUACAAGGAACUGUCAAAGAUGAUUCCCAAAUCUGAGGUGGGAAUUCUGUCAGCAAAUUCCGACAACGUGGUCAAACUGAUCACAGACGCGUACAACAGGUUGUCGUCUAAAGUGACUUUGACUCAUGGGCCUCUUCCUGAAAAUCUGCACGUGACAUUUACGCCGAAAUGUAAAAGACCCGGACCGAGCGGAGAAAGUACAGGAGUGUGUGAAGACGUCCAGCAAGGCAUCGAGAUCGUGUUUGAGGUUGAGGUGGUGUCGUCUUCGUGCUUCGCCUCUCCACAGACCUUCUCCAUCAGUCCUCUGGGGAUUAAAGACUCUCUGAGCGUCACUGUGCAGAGCGACUGUGACUGUCAGUGUCACGACCAACAGCAGGGGGCGCUGCACCCCUACUGCAGCAACCAGGGCCGCGUGGACUGUGGCAUCUGCAGGUGCUCGGACACGUUCCUGGGGCAGUUCUGUAACUGCUCGUCGGACAAUCGCCUUCACACGGCGUCCUGUCGUCAGGGCGGCGUCGGCGAGGUGUGCGAGGGGCGGGGCGACUGCGUGUGCGGACGCUGCGAGUGUCACGCCAAAACCUCCGGAACUUUCUACCACGGAUCGUUCUGCGAGUGCGACGACGAACAGUGUGACCGACACCUGAACGAACUCUGCGGAGGUCAUGGAAAGUGCAUCUGUGGGACAUGUCACUGUUUCCCCGGUUACGACGGGGAGGCGUGUCAGUGCGCCGUGUCCAAGGAGAGUUGCACCCGCGACGGCGUCGAGUGCAACGGCCGCGGCACCUGCCAGUGUAACACCUGCCACUGUGACAGCGGGUACCUGCCACCUCUGUGCCAACUGUGCCCCUCCUGCCCCGACCCCUGCCAGGCCAAACUGAGCUGUGUGGAGUGUCUUGCCUUUGACACGGGUCCGUUUAAGCAGAACUGCUCGGUGGCCUGCAGUUCCGUGUCUCAUCAGAUGGUGGAGACAUUGGGCAGCGCGAGGUUCUGUGAGCAGAAAGAUUCUGAUGGGUGUUGGCUCCGGUACCGACUCCGGCAGCUGGUGGGCCGAGACCGUUACAGCGCCGAUGUUCUAAAGCAGAGAGACUGCCCUCCCAGCCUGGUGGCGAUCGUGGCGGCGUCGGUGGCGUCUGUGGCUCUGAUUGGGAUUCUCCUGCUGCUCCUGGUCAAGCUGCUGCUCUACAUGAGGGACCUGAAGGAGUUCAGAAGGUUCGAGAACGAGAAGAAGAAGUCCAGAUGGGCUCAGGCUGAUAAUCCUCUGUUUCAAAAUGCCACCACCACCGUGACUAACCCCACCUUCACCGGAGAGUGACAGAUGCCCUCCUGUGUGUCAGAUGCCCUCCUGUGUGUCAGAUGCCCUCCUGUGUGUCAGAUGCCCUCCUGUGUGACAGAUGCCCUCCUGUGUGUCAGAUGCCCUCCUGUGUGACAGAUGCCCUCCUGUGUGUCAGAUGCCCUCCUGUGUGACAGAUGCCCUCCUGUGUGUCAGAUGCCCUCCUGUGUGACAGAUGCCCUCCUGUGUGUCAGAUGCCCUCCUGUGUGUCAGAUGCCCUCCCCAUGUGUGUCAGAUAAUAAUAAUAAUCGUCAUGAUAAUAAUAACAAUAAUAAUAAUAAUAAUGUGCAGAUUCUUCUGCACUUUUCACUUUGCCUUUUCACUUUCCUCUGAGGUAUAUAUAUGUAUAUAUGUAUAUGUGUGUGCUCGUGUGUGUGUGUGUGUGUGUGUGUGCGUGUGUGUGUGUGUGUGUACAUGUGUGCGUGCGCACACGUGUGUGUGUGUAUCUGUGUGUGUGUGUGUACAUGUGUGUGCAUUUGUGUGUGUAUAUAUGUAUAUGUGUGUGUGCGCGUGUGUGUGCUCGUGUGUGUGUACACAUGUGUGCGUGCGCACACGUGUGUGUGUGUGUGUGCUCGUGUGUGUGCAUGUGUGAGACACACACUUUUGUGGUUCUUCUUUGAGCGACUUUUCAAUAAUUCCGCAAAUUUAAAAUCAACAAUGUUUAAAUGUCUGAGUUUUUCAUUUAAUAAAGAAUAAAGAGUUCA